AUGACCUCCAAGCUCAUGGGCAAGCUCAAGGAGACGCUGGGCAACGACGCCCGGCCGGCGAUCCCGCUCGCCCGCCCCGAGGCCGCGUCCGGCUCGGCGCCGCGCGAGAUCCAGUCCUCGCCGCGCGUGCAGUUCAAGGGCUCCAGCUCGACAUCGACGUCGCCAUCGACGGGCGCCAGCCCCCCCGCCAAGCACGACGUCCUCGACGCCGCGCACUCGCCGCCGUCGGUGCUGAGCCAGCACCUUGGCCCGCCGACCAUUGAGCACAAGUAUCCCCGGGAUAUGUGUGCGACCGCCGUGUCGAUUAGCCAUUCUUGCUCAUCGCUCCUCACCGUCAUUCUUUUUACCCCGCCAACUUGGAUUCAAGCGCCCUCACUUUUUCUGCUGCAACACCAGAACCCGCGUUUACGCUUCACCCCAAGCAAGCUGGCAUUCGGAGCGCCAACGCCCGUCAACAUGGCCACGCAAACACUGAACCGAGAUGAAAUCAGCAACCUCUCCUUCAUCCUCGACAAGCCAUACCAAGUCUCGUACGCGGAGCGGCCCAAGCCGACCCUCUCCUCACCGCACGAUGUCAUCGUCGCCGUCAACUACACGGGCAUCUGCGGCUCCGACGUGCACUACUGGAGCCACGGCGCCAUCGGCCACUUUGUCGUCAAGGACCCCAUGGUGCUGGGCCACGAGUCGGCCGGCACCGUCGUCGAGGCCGGCAGCCAAGUGACGCACCUCGCGCCCGGGGACCGCGUCGCCAUCGAGCCGGGCUACGCGUGCCGGCGGUGCCCGGACUGCCGCGCCGGCAGGCAGGCCGCCGUCCAGCCGGGCCAGGCCGUCGUCGUCAUGGGCGCCGGGCCCGUCGGCCUGCUGUGCGCCGCUGUGACCCGGGCCUACGGCGCCUCCAAGGUCGUCAGCGUCGACAUCGUACCGUCCAAGCUCGACUUUGCGCGCCGCUUCGCCUCGACGCACACCUUCCUCUCGCGGGGGGGCGCGCCCGAGGACAACGCCCGUGCUAUCCGGGAGUUGGCGGGCAUCCCGCGGGGCGCUGACGCCGUAAUCGAUGCUAGCGGUGCUGAGCCUUCUAUCCAGACGGGCCUGCAUGCCGUCCGCGUCGGCGGCACCUAUGUCCAGGGCGGCAUGGGCAAGCCCGACGUCAACUUCCCUAUUAUGGCUAUGUGUCUGAAGGAGGUUACGGCGCGGGGGUCCUUCCGCUACGGCCCUGGCGACUACGAGCUGGCCGUUGAGCUUGUUGCCAGCGGCAAGGUCGACGUCAAGAAGCUCGUCAGCGAGGUGGUGCCGUUUGAUCGGGCGGAAGAGGCGUUUAAGAAGGUCAAGGAGGGCGAGGUCAUCAAGAUCCUGAUUGCCGGCCCCAAUGAGAAGAUGGACGAGGUUUAG